AUACAGAUGUGUAGAUAGUUGUUAGAAACGCUUUCUGUAGUAUAUAAGUUAUAGUGUCAGUUAGGUCAGUGAUAGUAAAGGGUGCCAGAGAGUCAGACCGAGCGGAACCGGACACUAGUCUGUCUCUCUGGUUCCGGUCAGGGAUCGGGUCCAGACAGUAAACCCGAAUCAAAAUGGCGUCUGCCGGUCCACCCGACACGGGCUUAUCCGCCCCUCCAGGGUCCAGCGGAGUUCGAAAGAUGACCAUGACGGAGGGGCCGGGAUCAUCUCAGAGUAUGAAGAAAACCAUUGGUCACCGAGGAGUUGACCCCACAGGAGAAACAACUUACAAAAAGACGACCUCAUCCGCCCUCAAAGGUGCCAUCCAGCUGGGUAUCACACACACUGUGGGCAGCCUCAGUCAGAAAGCAGAGAGAGACGUUCUCAUGCAGGACUUCUAUGUAGUAGAGAGCAUCUUCUUCCCCAGUGAAGGAAGUAAUCUGACCCCAGCGCAUCACCACGGUGACUUCAGGUUUAAGACCUACGCCCCCAUCGCCUUCCGAUAUUUCAGAGAACUCUUUGGCAUUCGACCUUUAGCUUACUCUCUGUGUAAUGAUCCUUUGAUCGAAUUGUCCAACCCUGGAGCGAGUGGAUCGAUAUUUUAUGUGACAAGCGAUGAUGAGUUUAUUAUUAAAACAGUGCAGCACAAAGAGGCAGAGUUCCUGCAGAAGCUACUGCCCGGGUACUUCAUGAAUCUGAAUCAGAACAAGAGAACGCUGCUCCCGAAGUUUUACGGCUUGUAUUGCGUGCAGGCGGGUGGAAAGAACAUCCGUAUCGUUGUAAUGAAUAACCUGUUGCCCCGCAGUGUGCCUAUGCACCUCAAAUACGACCUGAAGGGCUCCACGUGCAAGCGGCGUGCCUCCCCUAAAGAGAGAGAGAAGAGGGUCCCCACUUACAAAGAUCUGGAUUUCAUCCAGGAUAUGCCCGAGGGCAUCCAGCUAGAACCAGACAACUACAACGCCCUCUCCAAAACCAUCCAGCGGGACUGCCUGCUGCUACAGAGCUUUAAGAUUAUGGACUACAGUAUGUUGGCGGGGAUCCAUAAUGUAGAUCAGGCAUGUCGUGAGCGAGCAGGGGUAGUAGAGGGCGGGGGGUCCGAGGGGGCCGUGACGCCGGACCACCGGAGGCCACAGGCUCAGAAAGCUCUCUACAGCACCGCGAUGGAGUCCAUACAGGGAGAGGCCAAAGGAAAAGGAGCCCUGGAAACAGAAGACCAAUGGGGAGGAAUCCCUGCACGCAACAGUAAAGGAGAGAGAAUACUGAUUUAUAUUGGGAUCAUCGACAUAUUACAGUCAUACAGAUUUAUUAAAAAAAUCGAGCAUUCCUGGAAGGCUUUGGUUCACGAUGGGGACACAGUCUCUGUACAUCGGCCUGGAUUCUACGCUGAGCGAUUCCAGCGUUUCAUGUGCAACACAGUUUUUAAGAAAGCACUAAAAUCAUCUCCCUCAAAGAAGAGUCGAAGUGGCUGUUCGAGUGUUGUGAGACGGCUUCCGAUGGGAAGCUCUGCUUCUGCUCUCGGUGGACAGACAGUCGCUGACGCCAGACUGGUGUACCAUACUCACCUUAACCAGACUGAUGCAGAAGGAGAGAGUGGCAUGCAGUCGGGCAGACCAGACCUGCUUCCACAAACUGAUCCUUUGGCUGGAAGCUCCAGUGAGUUUGCCGCAACAAAUCGGCCCAACUCCUUACCUGGCAGCACAGGAAUCACAUCAUCUUCACCUCCUCAAAGGUCAGUAGGGGUGGAGGUGCACAAAUCUGCAGUCGUUGAGCCUGACAACAGCGCCCCUCACAGCACCGGAGCCGAAUGCUUAGAUGAGCAGUUAAGUAACGAAGAUGCUGUUUCUCUCAAAGACAUCAUCCCAGAAACUGACUUUUUUUUUUUUUUUUUUUUUUUUUUCUCACAGUAA